AUUUGAGAUUCCCACCUAUGCAUACACAUUCGCUGUAUGUAUACGCCAUGGAACCUCCACAACAUCAGCUGUUGCCAUCGCAGCCGCAGCAGUACCCUAUCAGACGAUACAGCCACCACAGCCACCGCGGGGAGGGUGGCGGACCGGUGGAAAUGACGAAAGAGCCCUCGAAUUCGGACAAUAGUGACGGCGGUGCCGCGGGUGAGAGGCGCGGAGGUGGCGAGAUGCGCCGCGCCGCCGUCGAUUGCAACCUCGCGUCACUUUGCGAUCACAUUCAAUUGGAAGGGUUUAAUAAUGGUCUGUUCUCCGAUGUCGUUUUGAACGCCAUGGGGUCCACUUAUUACCUCCACCGCCUCGUACUCUCCCGGAGCUCUUACUUCCGGAACAUGCUUCAGGGCCCGUGGAAAGAAGCUAAUGCUCCAGUUUUGACAUUGCACGUUGAUGACAAAAAUGUAAAUGCUGAAGCAAUGGAAAUAGCUUUGGCAUAUCUAUAUGGACAUCAUCCAAAGCUUAACGACACUAAUGCAUUUCGAGUUCUAGCUGCUGCAUCUUUUCUUGACCUUCAGGAUUUAUGUGCGAUUUGCACAGACUUCAUUGUUGCUGAAUUAUGGUCGUCAAACUUCUUAACUUAUCAGGUCUUUGCUGAGAACCAAGAUUAUGGCAUACACGGGGAACGUGUAAGAAAUGCUUGUUGGGGAUACCUCUGUCAAAGUGGUGCCCAGGAAUUGAGAGAGGUGCUUCCAAAACUUUCCUCUCAAACAUUACUCGCUUUACUCACCUCAGAUGAAUUAUGGGUGCCCAGUGAAGAGAAACGGUUUGAACUGGCGCUGCACACUCUUCUUGCAAAAGGUACACUUUGCAAGGCAGAACAUCAUGAGCAGCGCACUCCAAGUUGUGAGGUUGAAGCCAGUACCUAUCCUGACUCUUCCAGAGUAAUCAGGAAACAUUUGGCUGAUGAAAGCGGAAAUAACUUGCCGGAAAUCGAACGAGGGUGCACAAAACCAAAAGAUGAAAUUGAAGGCCGCAAUACUGCUCGUAAUAUUUUGGUUGAGCUUGCAGACUCAGUUGUGGAUUCCCAUUCUGAUGUUGACAACGUCGAUCAAGCCCAAACGGCACACAGUGGAUCUAAUUUGGAUUCAAGAUACGAUUGCUACGAUGAACGACCUUCAGCAAGUAACACAUUUUACUCAGAUGGCAUUAUUCCUUCUUGUUCUUAUCUAAAUAUACAUAAUGCUGUUGGAAUGAGUGGAUCAGCAGGCAAUGUUUUGGCCUUGGAAGGGCCGUCGGAUGAAGAUUCAUGCUACCAAUUGAACAGCAGUUGGCCUUCAGGAGAUCAAAUGCACUGCAUGUCAAUGAACUCCUCCUGUAAUGUGAUGAUACCCAAUGAAUGGGAAAGAUGCAACAUGUCAUCUCUGACUUGGGGUGGUAGGAUUGUGGGCAGAAGAGAGGUAAAAACUUGUCUAAAAGCGCAAUGUGGGAUGAGCAUAGAAGAUCAUGAUUCUUUUGUCAACAUUUUUGAAGGGGGGUCUCUUUUGUAUUGUAACAUGUCUUUUGAGGCACUCUUAAAUGUAAGAAAGCAUCUUGAAGAAAUGGGCUUUCCUUGCAAAGCAGUGAACGAUGGUUUGUGGUUGCAGAUGCUUUUAAGCCAGAGGUUACAAGAAAUUGGUGCUGAUACGUGCAAAAACUGCUGCCGCAUGAGUAUGGCAUGUGCCUGCAGACAGCCAUUUGGGUACUCGCCUGGAGUAACAGCACCUGGAUACUACGUGCAAGAUAAUGACCAUAAUAAUUUACCCCCCAACGACAUAGGGCAUGUCUAUAUCAAUAGUUCCGCUCAAGGAGAAAGAAACGGCAUCUUCAGGCCAGUUCGUGUACAUGACAGGGGCCAUAUCGAUGGGCUAGCCGGCAUUGGAAGGGGAACUACAUUUGUACCUGCAGCCGCUUGGCCUCCAACUCGUUAUGUGUUUUCUCGAGUUCCAUUUGGUAUUGGCAACCGAAGCAACCAGCAACCUCAUGCUAACGAUGAUCCAGAAAACAGAGGUGACAACAAUGGGGAACUUGCUGUGGAUGGGUUGACAGCUUUGGUUGGGCUUAGUCAAGGGUCAAGUGACGUCACUCAUGUGCAUGAGGUGCAAAUGGGAAGGGAAUACGAGACAGGAUCCGUAAACCCUGGAUCAAGUACCAGUGGUGUUCCCGUGCAAAUGACUGAGUCACCUGAGCAUGCUGCGGGAAUUGAGUGGGAGAAUACGAGUAGUGCUAUAUCAUUGGAUCUGAAGACACCUUUGACUCAUUUCCCGCCUUUUCGCUUUGCGGUUGAAUUUCAGGAUGUUCAUAGACUCGUCGAUGGCCAAGUUAAGCACUCUCCUGAAGCAUUUUAUGCAGGUUCCUUGUGGAAGAUAAGUGUUCAGGCUUUUAGUGACGAAGAUCCUCAAGGACGGCGUACCCUUGGUCUGUUUCUUCAUCGGCGGAAGGCAGAGAUCUAUGAUCCACUCAGAAAGGUCCAUAUGUACGUCGAUUCACGGGAAAAGGUCACUGCUAGAUAUCAGUUAAUAUGUCCAUCGAAGAGAGAAGUUAUGGUUUUCGGAAGCUACAAGCAAACAGGAACACUUCUACCGAAAGCUCCAAAGGGAUGGGGUUGGCGAACAGCACUGUUGUUCAACGAGCUAGGAGAUCUUCUCCAAAACGGUGCACUCAGAGUUGCUGCUGUUGUACAGCUUAUCUAAUAUUCCUUUUCUAAGGUAUUCCUAAAACACGCAAUAUUCGUAUCGGAUCUAAACUUUGAAUUUGAAUUACUUCUGUAAAUUGCCGGUUCUAUUUUUUUUUAAAGAUUUAGUGCAGUUCUGCUGUUAGGAUCACAGAACUUGUGUAUAUAUAUAUAAAACACACUCUUUACGCCGUAUAGUAACUUAGUGUUUUACAUAGAAAUGACGAACAAUCUUUGGUGUUCGUUUGACAUCGAAAACGGCGUUGAAACAGUAAAGAAACGUGUAUCGUGUUUAUUGCAUGUUACAGUUGGCAUCGAAAAAUUCGACAUUCUUUUGUUC